GUGAGAGGCGCCAGGUGAUGUGAGGGGCGCCAGGGACCGGCAGUGUCUGUGAGGGACGCCAGGGAGGGACCGGCGGUGUCCGUGAGGGACGCCAGGGACCGGCCGUGUGUGGGAUCAUUGGCGUGAGGGACACCAGGGAUCGGCGGUGUGAGGGAUAUCAGAGACCUGUGGUGUGGGUGUGAGGGACACCAGGUGGUGUAAGGGACACCAGGGACCGGCGACGGACACCAGGGAGCGGCGGUGUGAGGGAUAUCAGGGACCUGUGGUGUGGGUGUGAGGGACACCAGGGAGCGGUGGUUGUGACAGACUGGACUGUGUGAGUUGGUGUGAGGGACACCAGGGACCGGCGAUGGACACCCGGGAGCGGUGGCGUGAAGAAGCGGCCGCCUGAGGGGUGCGAGUGAUCGCCUGCCCGAAGGGUGUGAGGGACUGGAGGUCCCGGUGCUUCCCCCUCCGCCCCGGCUUGCGAUCCGAACUCUGAAACAAGGGAGAGGCUGUGCCUCGGUGACAGGGCUGCUCCCCGCUGUGUCUGGAAGGGAGAGCGCAUUUCGUCCCCCCACAGCGAGCUGCUCUGUGGAGUGCGUGUACAGGCAGGUACUAAACCUCGUUAAUAGGUACGAGUGUGUGCAGGGAGGGGACAGAGGAUGGACCAGGCUCUGCUCGCGGGUGCCCAGCGAUGGCACAAGAGGCAACAGGCAGGAACUGAUGCACAAAAUUUCCGUCUAAACAUGAGGAAGAACUUCUUUGCUGUGCAGUGACCAAGCACUAGAACAGAGACCAGAGAAUCUGUGGAGUCCCCCUCAGUGGAGAUAUUCCAGAACUGUCUGAACACAAUCCUGUGCCCUGUGUUCCGGGACGACCCUGCUUCAGCAGGGAGGUUGGACCUGAUUAUUCUCUGUGGUCCCUUCCAACGUGACCCACCAUGAUUCUGUAGACCAAGGGUAGCUUUGCUAGUCCGAGCGCUGUUGGGCUGGUUUAUUCGUCGGGAUGAAGUACAUUUCAUAGCCAGGUGGAGGAACCCUCAGUGCUGUGCUGUGCCUUGCAGAAAGCCAUGAAAGGUGUUUUACGUGAUCAGCUGUCAGAGAGAACUUUACUGUAAUCCUCCCUGAAGUGCACGGUGACAUUCUAUCCAGGCUGGAUGCAGCUCAUGCAAAGGAACAGCAGAAGAAUUUAAUUUAAAGGAGUUAUUAGGAGACAGGAAAUAUUGUGGUGUGUCUUUAUGUGCUGAGUAAGCUCAUCUUAAUAAUUAAAUAGCACUUGCUUUAAUAGCUCAAGUUUUUUUGCACUUGGACUCACAGUGGAAAUGUAGGUGGGCUGUACAUAUAGCAAGAGUCUGUGAUGAAUUACACAAUCUGUGAAUACACUGCAGAUCUUUCAGUUAAAUUAUAAUUAAUCUUUUUAUCCUCAGAUAAAUUAAGAUGAAAAUAGAUUUUUGAGUGUAUUUUUGUACUGGAAUAUUAAAUCAGGAGUAGUGAAUACGUACUACAGGUAAAUCAAGUACCACUUUGUGUGGAUUGCGUGAACACAGACAGAUGUCGUGUUCUGUUGUGACUUUGCUCACACUGACUGCUCUGACUAAAAUUUUCCACCAGCAUUGUGCUGAUCUUCUUGACGGGAAGUUUUGAGUGAAUUUCAGCAACUGUUUUUAUGAACCUUGUUUGCAAAAGAAAAAAACCCAAAUUAUGUGGCCAUCCUUUGGGUGGAAGGGGGUCCGACAUCCCUUUCUCUCUGAACUGUGUUUCACCCACAUGCUCUACACUUGUAAAUCUCAUAAGAACAUUUUUUUCACCCAUGGAAAGUCCGUCCACCCAUCCUGACUGGACUGUGAACGUUUAGAGAGCGGUCAUUUACAUGUUCUCAGUAGGGACUUGCAGGGAGAUGUCACAAAUUACAACUUCUGAAGUUUUCAGCUGCAACAGUGUGUGCCAGGCCAGGAUUUCUCAGGGGUUUCUCCAGCUGGGAGCUCCCCUGACUUUUCUGGAUCCAAGAUUCCCUUGGGAAUUGGAGUUGGAAGUGAGUGUCUUGUGCCCUCAGUGCUGCUGUUGCUGAUUUCAGCAUUUCCCUGUGAUCCAGAAGAGGAUUAAAGUCAUAAUGAAGGCAUCAGAAUCAUGGAGGGGCUCUUGCACUACAUAAACCCAGCACAUGCCAUUUCCCUUCUGAGCACCCUGAACGAGGAGCGUCUCAAGGGACAGCUGUGUGACGUUGUGCUCAUAGUGGGAGACCAGAAAUUUCGAGCCCAUAAGAACGUUCUGGCUGCCAGCAGUGAAUACUUCCAGACUCUGUUCACAAACAAGGAGAACGAGUCUCAGACAGUGUUUCAACUCGACUUUUGUGAGCCAGAUGCUUUUGAUAAUGUGUUGAACUACAUUUAUUCUUCGUCCUUGUUCAUUGAGAAAGGCAGUCUCGCAGCUGUGCAAGAGCUGGGCUACAGUCUAGGAAUAUCCUUUCUCACAAACAUUGUUUCCAAGAGUCCUCAAGCUCCUUUUCCUGCUUGCCCUAUCAAGAAAAUACUGUAUCAAGAUGAAGAUGAAAGCAGUUCCCAGAAGAGAAGUGUCAUCGUCUGUCAGAACAGAAUUGAAGCACAAGCGAAAAGCAUAAAUCAAACACAGCAUGAUUUAAGCCAUACUCCUAAACCUUCGCCCUCUGUGGCAGUCAAAACUAGCAGCAGACCACAAAUAACAAAACCAACUGAAACCCUUCACAACUUAUCACUGCCUGAGAGGAGGUGGCUGAAAGAAAGUCCUUUGGGCUAUACGAAGGUGCACGAAACUUCUGGAACUGUGGAGGAUCAGGGCAGGGGUGCUUUGGUGAAAAGGAACACGGUGCUGCCUCAGAUGCCUUUAGCGGAGAAGGAAGUUGCAGGCGACGAGCCAGGAAGCAGUGGUCAGCUUUUGAGAGGAAAGGCUGUGGAGAUGUCACUGAAGAGACCACGACCACCAGUCUUGUCUCUGCGUGGGGCGUCGGAAUCCGCGUUUUUGUUGCGAGAGGCGGGAAAAGGGAACGGUCAAGGUGAAGACAGGAACUUGCUGUACUACUCAAAGUUGGGGCUGGUAAUCCCAUCCAGUGGGUCUGGCCCAGAAAACCAAAGUAUUGACAGAAGUGGGCCCCUUGUAAAAAGUCUUCUGCGGAGGUCGCUGUCCAUGGACAGCCAGGUUCCUAUUUACUCGCCUUCCAUGGAUCUAAAACCUGCACAGGUAUCGUCCUCCUCCUCACCGGGAACUAACGAUCCCCAGAAAACGUUUAGUGUUGUGUCCCAGAAGUCAUCCUUGAAGGAGUCAUCGGAGAAGUUAGUCCUGGAUGAGAAACCACAGGUAGUACACCCACAUCGCCUUAGGUCUUUCAGUGCCUCUCAGUCCACUGACAGGGAGGUGGCUUCCCCUCUCUCGGAGGUGCGGAUAAAAACCGAGCCGAGCAGUCCGCUCUCAGAUCCCGCUGAGAUUAUAAGAGUUACGGUGGGCGAUGCCUCAGCCUCGGCAAACAAAGACUUCGCUUUUAAAACCGAGGAGGAUCGCAAGGAACCCAGCAGAAUUCCAGCAAAAAGGAGGUUUCAGGAUGACAGAAUGCUGCCAUUCAAGAAGCUGAAGGCGGAUGAGCAGGGUUCUCCUGCCUCAGAAGAGAACUUUGAGGAAGGCUCAAGCCCUCCGCACCUUGAUGCUGAUUUUCCUGAUUCCGAUGUCAGUAAAGAUGAGUACAGCGAGAUGGAAGAAGCAAGACCAAAUAAAAAAUUUAAAUGCAAACACUGCCUUAAAAUCUUCAGAUCAACAGCAGGUCUUCAUCGUCACGUUAACAUGUAUCAUAAUCCGGAGAAGCCCUAUGCUUGUGACAUAUGCCACAAGAGAUUUCACACCAAUUUCAAGGUGUGGACGCACUGCCAGACCCAGCACGGAAUUGUGAAGAACCCCUCACCAGCCUCCAGUUCUCACGCCCUCUUGGAUGAAAAAUUCCAAAGAAAACUGAUCGAUAUAGUGAGGGAGAGGGAAAUCAAAAAAGCUCUGAUCGUGAAACUGAGGCGUGGCAAGCAGAGCUUUCAGGGCCAGUCCGCUUCACAAGCACAGCAAGUCAUCAAGAGGAACUUGAGGUCGAGAACCAAAGGAGCCUAUAUUUGUACCUACUGUGGGAAAGCUUAUCGCUUCCUCUCGCAGUUCAAACAGCACAUAAAAAUGCACCCAGGGGAGAAACCCAUCGGAGGGAACAAGGCUCCUAAGCAGAAGGAUCACAUUCACAUUGAGAGCCCAGUGGAGAGCAAGGAGGUUUAUCAGUGCCGGCUCUGCAAUGCCAAGCUCUCCUCACUCAUCGAGCAGGGAAAUCACGAGCGGCUCUGUAGGAACGCCACUGUCUGUCCUUACUGCAGCCUUAGGUUUUCUUCUCCAGAGCUGAAGCACGAGCACGAAAGCAAGUGUGAGUACAAGAAGCUCACUUGCCUCGAGUGUAUGCGUACCUUCAAAUCAUCCUUCAGCAUCUGGCGCCAUCAGGUUGAGGUUCACAAUCAAAACACGAUGGCACCGUCAGAGAACUUUUCCUUACCUCUCAUGGAUCACAACGGGGAAAUAACCAGUUCGUCGAGGUUGCCCCCGCAGCCGGAGUCCAAUAAAAUGAACAACUUUGUUGCUGCAAAGGAGGACGGCGUGUUCAGUGACUCGUCAGAACAAAUCAACUUCGAUUCUGAAGACUCCUCAUGCCUACCUGAGGACUUAAGUGUCUCCAAACAGUUCAAAAUCCAGAUCAAAGAAGAGCCUGCGGAUGACAUCGAGGAUGAGGUCACCGAGACGAGCAGGGAACCUAAGGAAGCGGUCUCCAAGAAGGAUGCCAACUUGUGGCCCUGUGAGAAGUGCGGGAAGAUUUUCACCCUGCGCAAGCAGCUGGAGCGCCACCAGGAGCUCCUGUGCUCCGUGAAGCCCUUUAUCUGCCACGUGUGCAACAAGGCCUUCCGAACGAAUUUCCGGCUCUGGAGCCACUUCCAGUCCCACAUGUCGCAGGCUGCAGAGGAGGCCACCAGCAAGGAGCCUGAGAUAUGCCCACCAGCCAACUCCCCGUCCCCACCACCCUUACCCCCCCCGCCACUCCCCAAAAUCCAGCCUCUGGAGCCCGACAGCCCCACGGGCUUGCCGGAGAGCUCCGGUACUACUGAGAAGUUGUUCGUGCCCCAGGAGUCAGACACGCUGUUCUACCACGCCCCGCCGCUCUCAGCAAUCACAUUUAAGAGACAAUACAUGUGCAAACUCUGUCACAGGACUUUCAAGACGGCUUUUAGUCUCUGGAGCCACGAACAGACACACAACUGAGCUUUAACAGAAACCUUACAAAGCUGUGUUCAGGGUCUCACGUGUCUGCCACACAGACGAGAAAUUUUAAGAGGAUCAAAACGAUGAUGAAAAAAUGUGGAAUUUGUGAUGCUGCUUGGAUUUGAAGAUUAGGGGAAAGUUAACUUGGUUAUUAGGUAGGAAGCAGAGUAAUUUAAAAUCCUGUGGUCUGGGAUCUGAUAGUAACAGUAUAAAUUUUAUUUCAUUUAACACUGAAAUGCGAUUGCAACCGGAUUGUAUGCAUGGAUCUUCAUCCUGUGAUGUUGGUGUGUGCGUGUGUAUUAUAUAUAAAGUUAUAUAUUAAACGAAAGAGCAACAACAAUUUGGAUUCUAACUGUGAGCUUAUAGUAGUGAAAUACUGUAACCAACUUCAUUAAUUUGUUUUCAAAAAGGAAACCAACACACGAGCUCCAUAUAAAUGGUUGCCAUGCACUGGCAGUUAGGGAGGAGGUGGAUGGAGUGUCUUGCUGUAUUGACUUAGGUCUUAGAAACCUUUAGCAAUAACAAAUAAACCUCAAGUUUGAGUAAUCCUGAUGUUAUUGGAUACGAAUGUUUGCUAUUUUAAGGGAACACGGAAUUGUUUUGUUGUUGUAUGGAACUUGUGCAAAUUAAAAUAGAAUCUAAAGUCAGCAAUAUUAUUACUAAGAUUUUAUAUAAGAAGUAGCAGCAAGUCUGCUCUCAGCCAUUUAAUUUUAAGUUUCUAAGGAAAAUCAAGAGUGGGGGUACUUUGCUUUAUAUAAUGUCCCAAAGACUAAUUUCCUAUGGAUACCUGGGUAGCUGAAGUCAUUGUAUAACAGCCAUCAUAGUGCAAAUGGUACUGUUUAUAACAUGAACUGGGGUUGAAUGGAUGUCAGACAAGUUUCAUAGCUUUGUUUCCACUAUUUGUACAACUGUUUGUAAUUCUGACUACAAAGGAAUGUAUAACUAUAAAAUCAACAGGAGAGAGCUCAUCGAGGGACAGGAGAUGAGCUGUGUUUCUAAACACAGUAAUAAGCUUGGCCAUGAGUACAAAGAUAUGUUUUAACAGAACCUAAAAAUGUAAAUAUUUAUAUAGACACCUGUAUAAAUGAAGAAGUAUGUAUUUGAAAUUUGUAUUAAGCGUUGCAUAUCCAGCUCAAAGCAGAGGAGAAAAUCACACUACAAUCACUGCAUUUUAUGAAUACAAUGCAUAGAGUAGUUCUUUCUGCAGCUUUUCUAUCAUAUGUGAUACUGUGUUGCAAUUUUCCAAUUGGUUGAAAAUUGUGGUAAUAAUGGGCUGCAGGUAUUCCAUGUGGUUCCAUUGUUUUACCUCAAAUCACAACUGGAGCAUUUAGUGUGAGUAGGAUCAUACAUAUUUACCAGGAGCUAUAGUAAGGGUCCAAAUUUUUCUGUAAGUAAAGGAAAUGCUUUCCCAGAAGCAGGAGGUGAACUGGCAGUGAGAAAUUCUUCUGCUGGAAUUUAAACUCGAUGGAGUGGUGAUGGAUUAGAGUGAAGGUAAAUGAUGCAAACAGUAUUUCUGAUCCUGACCAACCUUCCCCCUGCAGGGUUGGGAGAGGGGGGAUGUCAUUCCACAGUGCUGAGUCAGAGCCCAGUCUCUGUCUGCUGAAACCAGCACAGAGUUUGGUCACCAAGUUUCAGGGGAAGCCGGAGUGAGGCUUGAAUUCUGUGUGUAACCAUGUGUGUUACUGUUCUUUCAGUAUCCCAAACUCAAGCGUUGAAAGAAUUGCAAGCUAACACUUAAAAUUUAUCAAAAUUAAGCACAGCUGUAAUUCCUAAGAUUCUUAGGCUGGGCAUCCUUAAUCAGGCACAUACCAGAGUCAGUUUUUCUCAGUGAAGGCCCAAGUGUGCCACCAUUUUUUUUCCAAUAAAUUUUUAAUUUAUUUUUCCUGUAAUUUAAGUUUAAAAGAAUUAGCUCAGGACAGACCCCUGACUUUUUUUUUUUCUGCUACCAAAAAAUUUGCAAUGUUAGUUUCAAGCCUCUUCUACUUCACUUUUGACCAAAAUCUAAAAUUGUCACUAAACACUUCUAUUAGUAGCAUAUUGUUCUCUUUUUGCCUUCUUCCAGGCAAAUUGGAGCUGAAUUAGGCUAAUUUGUUUGAAUAUCAGUUAAACUCUUUCAGUGGCAUUGCAGUUAAACAAGGCCCUUGCUUAACAUUGACAUUUCCAGUUACUGACUUUUUUUUAUUCCACCCAAUAAGACUAAAUUUCUUUCCUACCAGAAACAAUUUUGAACUGAAAUGGUUAUUGCAACUUAACCUGACUUUAAAAAAAAAAAAAAAUCAGAAAAACAUAAAGUCCCCCACUAAGUAUCCUUCAAAUGUAUGUAAGAAAUCUGUGCAUAUAAAACAUGAACAUGUAACACUGGUUCCUGAGUUUUCCUCAACGAUUCCCCUACACAACAGUCUGAAAGUUUAGCUGUAAAAUUCUUUCUAUAGGAAGGUGGCAGCGAGCUCAGCUGGGUCAGAGCCAUCUCACUUCCAACUGGGAUUCUGCUCUGUGGUAGGAUGAGAAAUUCUACACACUUUAAAUCAAAAUCUUGUGCAACAUUUUUGCAGAAACCUUGACCUUUUUCCUAGUGUACUAAAAAAUCCAUCAAAUAUUUUUGGUCUAAAUAGCCUCCUAAGUUUUUCUUCAGUUUUUUUGGGGGGGUUGUUUCUUUGUUUUUUUAAAUUUUGUUUUCGACUUCAAGCGUGUUCUGUGUGUGGUUUUGUUUUUUGGGUUUUUUUUGAAAUUUGGUUCCUGUUGUUUAGUAAAGGAAUUCAGGAUCUCUAAAAUUUAAAUAUGAGAUGUUUAUAUAGCAGUUCUGGUUUUCUAUUAGCUUUUAUACAGUAUCUUAAAAAGCCCUUGAUAGAAGUGUUUAUUUUGGAGGAUACGGAAUAAAUAUGCUUCCACUUAUAUAACUUUAAUAUAUGUUUUAAAAGUUAAAUUAUGGAGAAAAAAAAAGAAAUGUUAGUUGCUUGUUUAUAAAUAAAGAUCUUUUGAAUAGUGUCUAGUUUGGCCACAGCCAAAAUAAAAGGCAAAUUUAUUGAUACAAAAGCCUGUCUUCAUCAUAUUUUGUUUAAUUUUAUAGCUGUGUACUAAAGUGACACAAAGUUAGAGGUCUUGUUAAAUAUAAAAAGUGUUUUGCUUCUUUUCUUAAAACUUGUGACAGGAAUGUGCAGAUGUUUUAAUAUAUAGAUUAGAAUCUAUAAUUCUCUUCUUUCUUUGCUAUUUUUAUAAUCUGUCAGAUAAAUCUCAGCGAACUAUCCUGCUUCCGUGGAAGUAGAGGGGAAAUUUGUGUUCCAUUUCAGAGGAGCAGGGUUGAGCCAUGAAAUGCAUUUUGGUUUGGGACUUUUUUUUUUAACUUUCAGGCACCGUGUUGGCAAAGCCUCUGAGCCUGUGCUUAAGUCCAUUAAGAUCAGUCUUAAUUUAUGGUUUUUUUAAAAGUGCUUAAGUUCUUUGCUGAAUUGGGACCAUGAUCAACCUUGAAAAUGAGCGAUGGCAGCAAAAUACCUGCGGAUUUUGGUUUUUAAAGUCCUGCAACCAAAAAUUAAAAUUAAUUUUCCUCUCCAUAAAACCUGCGUAUAGAAUUGGGUGUAGCUUUACAAAAACAAAGGAUGUGAACCAGGGAGGACAUCGUCCUUAGAUUUGAGGAGUUUUUUGGGUAAGGGGGAGAGAAACACCCUGUGACAGGUAAUUAAGGAGAUAAUUGGUGAAGUGGGUGACUCUAGAGUUUGUCUGGGGUGUUUCAGAGUUAUUUCCUUAUCUCUGACCCCAAACAGCUGCGAGAGGCUUUUCCUGCAUUUCCUGUUUAGGCAAGAACAUCCAGGAGGUUUUUUGCCUGGUGUUGUUUGUUUUCCCCCCAAGCAGGACACGCAGGUUUGCUCUGAAGCUCUGCACGGACUCUGUUUCUGUUCCAAGCUUCCAGUGUUAAAACUGGUUCCUCCCGUGGGAUAAGGACAGACUAUGCCGAAUUUCUUGGCUCUUCACAGUGAGGGUGCAAAUAUCUGGCAUGAGCCUGUAAUCUGGCAUGUGCCUAUACUGUUCAGUGAAAUUGUUUACAUUUUCCUACCAGAACAUUUAAUUAAAAAUCAAAACAAGCUUAGGGGUUUGUUGGGGUUUUAUUUUGGUUUUUUUUUUUUUGGUUUGUUUUUUGGGGGGAUUUUUUUUUAGUGUUGAUGUUAAUGAAUCAGUGUUAAAAAUCUUUUUCUGUUGUUGCUGAGCACAGCCUGAUGGUAUUUUUAAUGGCAUUGAUUCUUGUUUAUUUAAAAUGGCUCAUGAAAAACCGUACUGUAACUGCUGUACAGAAAGGGACACUAUCAAGAGAAAGUCUGGGUACAGAAAAUGGACUUACUUGCGUUAGAAAUACUUGACAUUAAUAAAAUUGAAGAGUUGAGUCAUAACACUUGAGCUGCUUGGGCAUGAAAAUGCCUACUCCAGGCAUCCUCAGUCGUUGCAGGGAUGUCUCGGAAAAUGUAUCUGAAUUCUGUGGGUUGAGCUGAUUUUUCAUGUUGCUUUUUCUCUCGCUGUGCCAGAAUAAAGGACUCAAUCCAAUUUUUCCUUUUUCCAGUUCCUCAGCAAUACACAUUAUCUUUCAAAGACACAAGCUUCCCACUACUGCAGCAGCAUCUUUAAUUCAAAUAUGUGCAUAAAACCAGAACAAGCUCCCUUUUGCAAUGUAACAUGCAAAAUACACUUUAAGUGCAUAUUUUAAGGUUUAUUCUUGACAGUGUCCCUUUUUAAAAAGCAGGAAAACGGGAUCACUUCUAGUGCUUGGGUACAGGGGAAUAGAUUCCUACGGUUUCUAGAAUUUGGGAUUAUCCAAUACAUUUGCUAGAGAAUUUUUCCAGUUAGUUACACGAAAUCACUUGUCAUUUUAAGGGAUUAUAGAGGUCAGACAAAGGAUGCUGGGUUUAUAAUCCUGUGUACCUUAUACAUUCUAUAUCCAUUCGAUACGCCAGGAUGGGUUUUUACUUUUUUUAGGACUGAGACUUAAUAGCUUAAGGUAACUUUUUCUUUAAUGUAAUGUAAAUCCAUUGCUGCUUUGUACAACUUUUUCUACCGUGUGUUUUCUUUACUUAGAUCUUGACUAAGAACUGUUGGCGUCCAAUAAACUUACACUUUGUUUCUUUUGAAA